AUGGAUAUCAUUGAGAUAGACCAGCUCAAGGAGACAUUCACCGCGACUUUCAAGCUGCAAUUCGAAUACGUCGAUCCCACAUUGAUAACAACUUGGCAAAUCAUCAAAUAUCGAAAGUUUGACGGCAAAAAGACUUCAGUCGCGACAGUGGAGGGGCACAUCCUGGGCUACGAGCCUGGACAUUUUGAAGCGCAGAAAGUCGUCCUUGGAAAAAGGCUUGUCAAGACAGUGCAGAAGGAGAAAGUCAUUGAUGCAGAUGACGAUAUGGAAGUGAAGUAUGCUGGUUAUGUUUGUGUGCCGAAAAAGGACCUGCUAAGCGUGAGCUUGCCUGAAGAUCACAACUGGCAGAAUCAUCCAGCUUUGGAGUGGACCUUCAUGAAUUUGGUCGUCCGUGAGCAUCAAUUUAUUUUUGAGAGUCGGCACAUCAAUUUCUUCGAUGAACUUGGUGGACAUGUGACACACGAAUGGAAGAUUCAGGCAACUUUCAGUGAACGCCUUCACUUGAAGGAGAUGCCAUUUGACAGACAGCUGUUGCGCAUUCAGGUUGUCGGCGAGAUCCCAAACUACAUGAUGAAGUUCACACCCCUCUUUGCAAAAGCUGGAAAUCUUAAAAACAUCGAGGUCAUCAAAGAGCAAGGAGAAUUUAACCGGGCAAGAUUUGACCUGCACAUCUACGUCGAGAGGAAGAAGUUCGUGUGGCCGCGUGGCACCAAGCUCAAGCAGCACCUUGCCGGGCCUUCCGAUGAAAGAGCUGGGAAGCCGAUCGAAUCAGACGACAGGGAACCAUGCAGAAACAUGCAGAACCACGCAGAUAGGAUUAAAGAUCAGAUGAGAUAUGUUGCCUGUGCGCACGGGGUGGCAGGGAAACAUGCAGAUAGGCUGGGCGGUGGGAACCGGAAAACUUUGGACCUCCAAGAUGAGUUGCAGGCUCUCAAAAGCUGGAUCGAUGGGCAUUUGCGCACGCCUCUGCCCACCUUCUUUCAAACUGCUGCAGGCGUCCUUCCAGAAGUGCUGAAAGCGGCCAGCAGCGCGGUGGAGCAUUGGCUCCUGCAGAGGCAGAUGACGCUGGAGAGGUUCGACUCCUGUCGAGAGCUUUCAGACACUGCUGGGGAUGACGUCAUGGCGGUGAACGACGAUGAAAAGAAGGAGGGUAUCACCUUCUGGCAGAAGGCGAUGGCCCUGGCGGAGAAGAUCGAGCGUGACGGGGCCUUCGAAUGGACCAACUCGGCAAGGGUGGCCUUCUCUGCGAGCCUCAUUGGGAAGCAGGCACGCGCAGUGUGCCCCAGCGGGGUCAUGGCUUUGAAACUCGUUCGUUGCAUUGGCCAUGACAACGAGCAAAAGCAGGAGGAAAUCUUUUCGUUGGACAAAGACGUCGAGGAACUGCUCCAGUGGGAGGAGGCGGACCUGAGCAAGUUGUUGUACAACGCAUGGCCCAUUUGGGGUCUCACAGCCCUGCUCUCCAAGCAGCGUCAUCACGACUUCCUGCUGACGGUUCCCAUGCUGAGCGAAAGCGGCCUCGAGGAUGCUCCGCUGUUACAGGUCUUGGAGAGUGGGCAUCGUCCAAUUUUGGGCGGAGCCGUGCUGGUAAGCGCCAUCAGGUUGACGGGGGAGGAGCUGGGGGUGUGGUUGGCACGUCUGCGGCGCUCCCUUCAGUCGCGCCACGGCAUCGACCACCACGUGUUGCUGGUCCUGCCGCGGUCCAUCGAGUCCUGCGCGCCCUUCAGAUGGUUCGGUCCAGCUGGACCUUUGCUGCACUGCAUUUGGUCUGUGGAUGGAGCAUCCUUGGACUUAGAUGCCCAGAGCAUGAUCCUAUACAUCCUCAGUCGGAAUGUCCCUGCUGCACUCCUCAGUACAGCAGCCAUUCCUUUUGUAGGACUGGGGGAUCAAAUGUUGGAUUUGCUGAUGGGUGCAGAAACGCGAGACUUCGCCAUGUUCAUCACAGAUACGGAAGUCGCCGUGGGCGCUGGGGAACUGAACCAGCGCCUGAUGAUACAUCCACCUUUUGUGGAUAUUGGUUUCAGACUUUUUCAACCAGCUCCGGCAGCCAUUGCGCUGAUGCAAACGGCCAUCGGAGUAGCGUACCACAAUCCGUUUUUAUUUGCUGACGAUGUUUUGAAUCGCUUCAACCUCAGUUUGGAUAUGGAUUUCCUGCUGAACGCAUCGCAUGGCUUUAUUUCUUCCGAAGGAUGGUUCGCAGAAGAUCUCAAGCAGAGGCCCCAAUCGACCCUACUUGGCAACGUCAGUGACCCGCACCUGGCUGGUGGCAUCGUGCUCUUCAGCAUGCGACCCUUUCGCAUGAUGCCCAAGUGGUUUCGCGGCAACGCCUGCCGCGAAGUGUGCCAGACAAACCUGGUGUGUCCCCCAGAGGCCUUGGGCAGUGCCUGUGGCUUGAUGAGCAACGAUCUCCUGCUCUUGAGGACCCUGCGCGACAGCUUUUCCCUACAGCAUCCCGCGGCCCGUUCGGCACGGCCAAGACUACUGCAGGCAGGGCCCAGUAGUUGCGGUACAACCUCCAUUGCGCACUUCUUUUCGGAUGCCCAUGGCUUGCGCGUGGCCAAGAACUAUGUGGAAGGUGCAGAGAUCCGGGACCACGUGCGCAAGGAGCUGCGGCGGGGCACCGCGCCCUUCGGGGCCUUGGACCGUUUCGAUGUGGUGGUCGACGCCUUCGACGUCGUGAGGGUUGGUGUCCAUUUCUGUUCGGACAACCUGGGGCAUGGUGGUCGAAGUUGCGAGCACGUGCAUGGUGACAUCUUAGAAGAAAAUCUCCAGGAGUAUCGAGAGAUCUUGGAGAGUUUGCACCAAGCGUACCCGAACCUCCGCUUCAUCCACAAUAGCUGCAACCUGAACAGCUGGCUCCAAAAGCGGGUUUACAACUGCUGGCCGCAUUUGGUGACCAUUGGUCCUGGUGGAGACUGGGAGGCUUUCCUGGACCUUUGGCAAACCUGUUGCAAUCCGGCCUUCGGCCCUGGCAGCAACGUCUCCUGCUUCAGCGGCGAAGCCCUCGGCAAGCUGCGGAUGCCGCGGCGCCUCAUCAAAGAGGACUUUGCGUACCCCACGUGCUGUGAGGGGAUGCCAUUUUAUCAAGAAGCCUGGCGUGGAGUACACCAAUUGCUGCCAAGUGUCAUUGAUGCCAGACGCCUGGUCCCUUUUCACAUCGUGAAAGAUGCCCCGGUGAAGCUCAGCGCUUCCUUGGGUUUGCAGAUGAGCAUCCUGGACUACCGCACGGCCAAGAUGGAGGCCAAGAUGAACACAGUGGGCUUCGAAUCUGGAGGAAUGCCAAAGCGCAUGCAAGGAACCAAGCCCAAUAAUAUGGAUAGCUACAAGAGCCGCUUCGAAACCAUGGGACUGGCGUCCGGUGGUUCCGCCACCUUUGCCAAGUCGUUGCAAAGCAACGCCCAGGCGACAACGCAAAAGGCGAUUGCCCUCGGCGAGGCCAUGGGUGCAGGAGGAGCACGAGUUCCUGUGGUGCCAGAUGCAGGCCGAACCAUGGAAAAAAUGCUUGAGAAAUUUGUGAAUAGUCAGCUGGAAAAGCAUGCAGUUGCUGCUGCAGAACGGCAAAACAAAGAAUUUAAAAAGGAGGAGAAGAAGAAACACAAAAAGAAAGACAAGAAGAAGGAGAAGAAAAAGAAGAAGAAGUCCUCUUCAUCAAGUUCAUCCUCAUCCUCGGAUUCGGGCAGCGAAGAAGAAAAAAUGACAGAAACAGCAGCAGAGGAAUGCCCCAAAAAGGCAAAGAAAAACGAUAACAAAGAGGCUGAGACAUCGGAAAAGAGCUAGAGGAUUGCUUUGCCGACAGGUUUGGCUUCUUGAGCGCAUCCGGUUUCCAGCAAGACCUCCAGAUGGACUGAUGUGGUUAGCCGUCUCCAUCGACAGCCGGUCCCAAAUGGAUAAGUGAUGACUCCUCCCAAGGCUUCCAACAACCUCCUCAAAAGGCAUGUUGAUUCAACGGUUGUUGAUUCAUG